AUGCAACAGGGCCUAUCUCAACAACCACAGAUGCAACAGGGGCUAUCUCAACAACCACAGAUGCAACAGGGGCUAUCUCAACAACCACAGAUGCAACAGGGACUAUCUCAACAACCACAAGUCCAACAGGGACUAUCUCAACAACCACAAGUCCAACAGGGACUUCCUCAACAGCCAAAGAUGCAACAGGGACUUCCUCAACAGCCAAAGAUGCAACAGGGAUUUUCUCAACAGCCACAAGUGCAACAGGGACUUCCUCAACAGCCACAGAUGCAGCAGGGGCUAUCUCAACAGCCACAAAUACAACAAGUUUCUACUCAACACUUGAAGUCAGAAAGCCAUCCUCUGCAAACACAAGCACAACAGAGCUUCCCUCAACAACAGUUACAGAACUAUCAGACACAACAACAGGUAAUUCAGUCUGUACAACAGUCAAUACAGCCUGAAAUAUUUCAACAGCAAUUUCCACAUCAAAAUCAGGGAAUACAGAUUCCACAAUAUUCAACACAAAUUCAAGAACAAACAAAACUUUGUGAAGUUAACGAUACCGAAACUUUGAGGCAGCAGCUGUUACAGGUGGACACAGAAGAUGGCCUUCCAAGCAGUAUGACAUCCAGCUUUACAUCAGACUCUGGAAAACUUGGUAAACAUUAUUAG